GGCCCGGGCGCUCGCGCCUGGCUUUUGUUCCUGCAGUCUGACUUGCACGGGCAGGAGUGGCCGUGGGGGAGCGUGGCUCGGGCCGAGCCUCCCGCAGCCUUUGGAACCUUUCCGCCUUGCCCUUUCCGGGGACUUGCUAGGGAGGAGGCCCGGAGACCGAGGCGCCCCGCCAAGCCCGCCGAGCCCCCUGCCGACCUCGGGGGGGACAGCCAUGCGCUUGCGCGCGCUGACCCCGGGGCCACCGGCCAGGUUCGCGCGCGAGGCCGGGGCGCGUGGACGCCGGCGCCAGGCUGUAGAACUGACUGCCAGUCUUCACAGUUUUAAGAAAAAAGCCUUUAAGAAAUCCAAAGCCUGCGGCGUCUGCAAACAAAUCAUUGAAGGUCAAGGGAUUUCAUGCAGAGCCUGCAAAUAUUCCUGCCACAAGAAAUGUGAAGGCCAGGUGGUGACGCCCUGCUGUGUGCAAGUCCACUCGGAACAGGUUCCUGGGAGUUCCAUUCAGUCCUCAGCUCUCCGCUGUGAUAAGCUGCCAGGGCCUAUGAUCCUGAGUGCCACCAUGGAAGACAACCAUGUGCUGGAUCUUACCUACAUCACGGAGCGCAUCAUUGCCGUGUCCUUCCCCUCCAGCUGCUCUGAGGAGUCCUACCUGCAUAGCCUGCAGGAGGUGACACGCAUGCUCAAGUCCAAGCACGGGGACAACUACCUGGUAUUAAACCUUUCGGAAAAGAGAUAUGACCUUGCAAAACUUAACCCAAAGAUCAUGGACGUAGGCUGGCCAGAGCUGCAUGCGCCACCCCUGGACAAGAUGUGCACCAUAUGUAAGGCACAGGAGUCCUGGCUGAACAGCGACCCGCAGCAUGUGGUUGUGAUCCAUUGCCGGGGCGAGAAAGGACGCAUUGGAGUGGUCAUAUCUUCCUACAUGCACUUCACCAAUGUCUCAGCCAGUGCUGACCAAGCCCUGGACAGAUUUGCAAUGAAGAAGUUUUAUGAUGAUAAAGUUUCAUCUCUAAUGCAGCCUUCCCAGAAGCGGUAUGUGCAGUUUCUCAGCGGGCUCCUGUCGGGCUCUGUGAAGAUGAACGCCUCUCCCCUGUUCCUGCAUUUUGUCAUCCUGCAUGGUGCCCCAAGCUUCGAUGCAGGAGGAGCAUGCCGGCCCUUCCUGAAGCUCUACCAGGCCAUGCAGCCCGUGUACACUUCAGGGAUCUACAAUGUUAGCCCAGAAAAUUCCAGCAGGAUCUGCAUGGUGAUCGAGCCAGCUCAGCUGCUGAAGGGAGACGUCAUGGUGAAAUGCUACCAUAAGAAGUACCGGUCGGCCACUAGGGACGUCAUUUUCCGCCUGCAGUUCCACACAGGGGCUGUGCAGGGCUGCAGGCUCCUGUUUGGCAAGGAGGAGCUGGACAAUGCCUGUAUAGAUGAUCGAUUUCCUGACUACGGGAAGAUUGAGUUAGUGUUCUCAGCCACACCUGAGAAGAUCCAAGGGUCCGAGCACCUGCACAGUGACCAUGGGGUGAUUGUGGACUACAACACGGCUGACCCUCUCAUCCGCUGGGACUCGUACGAGAACCUGAGUGCAGACGGAGAAGUGCUGCACACACAGGGCCCGGUGGAUGGCAGCCUCUAUGCCAAGGUGAGAAAGAAGAGCUCCUCGGAUGCUGGCGGCCCUGGCAGUCCCCAGGCCGUGCCAGCCACCAGCAGCCCCGACCACAGCGACCACACGCUAUCCGUCAGCAGCGACUCAGGCCACUCCACUGCCUCGGCCAGGACCGAUAAGACAGAAGAACGCCCAGCCCCUGGAACACGCAGGGGCCUCAGCCCCCAGGAGAAGGCUGAGCUGGACCAGCUGCUCAGUGGCUUUGGCCUGGAAGAUUCUGGAAGCUCCCUCAAGGACAUGACUGAUGCUCGCAGCAAAUACAGCGGGACCCGUCAUGUGGUGCCAGCCCAGGUCCAUGUAAACGGAGAUGCCGCCCUGAAGGACCGGGAGACGGACAUCCUGGACGAUGAGGUGCCACACCAUGACCUGCACAGCGUUGACAGCCUGGGUACGCUGUCCUCAUCGGAGGGGCCGCAGUCAGCCCAGCUAGGGCCCUUCACCUGCCACCAGAGCAGCCAGAACUCCCUCUUGUCUGAUGGCUUCAACAGCAAUGUGGGUGAUGACUCCAGUGGCACCCUGGCGCCUGACCUGGGCCUUGGUGUGGAGCCCCUGUAUGAGCGGGAGCAGACGUUUGGGGGCCGAGAGCCGAAGCCGCCUGUGCUGAGAAAGCCCUCAGUGCCCUCGCAGGGGCCGGCCUAUGGGCAGAGCAGCUACUCCACCCAGACCUGGGUGCGCCAGCAGCAGAUGGUGGCCGCGCACCAGUACAGCUUUGCUCCCAAUGGGGAGGCCAGGCUGUGCAGCCAGGCUACCACGGAUAAUUCUGGCCUCAGCCAAGCCCCCCUGCCCCGUGUCCCCACCACCCCCUCUCGAGGGGCCAGCAGCAGAGUGGCUGUCCAGAGGGGCAUGAGCAAUGGGCCCAGCCCUCCCGACACGCAGCCGUCCUUCCCCAGCAGAGCGCUCCAUGCUGCCUUCCCAGAGGACAGAGCUGUGAAUGGGGCCUGCUCAGAGCCCAGCUCCGGCCCCUCCCCAGGCUCACCCACCCUGGACAUUGACCAGUCUAUCGAGCAACUCAACAGACUCAUCUUAGAGCUGGACCCCACUUUUGAGCCUAUCCCCACCCAUAUGAAUGCCCUGGGCAGCUUGGCCAACGGCUCCAUGUGUCCAGCCAGCGUGGGCAGUGGGCUCCGGGCGGGUGGCAGGCUGCCCAGCGUGGCUGACGGCCCUGGCAGGAGUCCUGGGAGGCAAGGCCUUUCUGGUGAUGAGCCCCUGGGAGGAAGACUCCGGAAGCUGAGCCUUGGGCAGUAUGACAACGACACUGCAUGCCAGCUGUCCUUCUCCAAGUGUGGAUGGGGAAAAGCAGCUGUGGACCCAGCACCAAACAUGGUGCCAUUUCCUUCUCCAGCAGACAUGAAAGAGACGGUGGUUGCCGCUUACCCUCCAGACCUUGAUCUGAUUGAUGGCAGGAUUUUAAAUAGCAAAGAAUCAGCGUGUUCGACCCCAGCUUUUCCAGUGUCUCCUGAAACACCGUAUGUGAAGACACCGCCACGAUACCCUCCAUUCAGCCCACCUGACAUGCAGCUGAGCGGCCCGGUCAGUCUGUGCAAAGGACUUGAGCCACGAGGCUGCCCGGAAGUUCUCAGCCACGCCGUGGGGAUGUCAGAGAGUCCUAUUGGACCCAGAGCUGCCAUGCUUCGGGCUGACGUGCCCACCACACCCAGCUUUCAGCAGGUGUUCGCCUCUUCCUGCACAAUUUCAAGCAAUGGCCCUGGCCAGAGGAGAGAGAGCCUGCCCUCUGCAGAAUGCCAGUGGGUGGAGAGCAGCCCCAAAGCCAGUGUCGUCCUGCUGGGGGCCCGUAGGCCCUCAGGAAGUCCCCUGGGCACCAACGAGUUCUCCAGCCCUGGCAAGGACUCUCCAGUGCAGCCCUGCUUCUCAUCGCCAGCACCCCAGCCCUCGAUGCACAGCCAUGAGCUGUCUGCAACGGAACCCCAGGAUGCUCUGCCCCCCUCAGGGAGCCAGGCCUUCCUGGGCCUCAGUGCUGCCCCUGUUGGAGGCAGCCUUCUGCCUGGUGAGGACCCAGGGGCCUUGCUGGCCAAUUGCCACGGGACAUCGCCGGCCCCCGGUGCCCCACUGGCCUCAGCGGGGGCUGUGGAUGGCGGCUUCCUGCCCCACAGCUUCCUCACGGUGUCCCCUGGACGCAGCAGCCACCACAGCCCGGGCCUACAGGGUCAGGGGGUAAUCCUGCCUGGGCAGCCCCCCCUCCCUGAGAAGAAGCGGGCCUCGGAGGGGGAUCGCUCUUUGGGCUCCGUCUCUCCCUCCUCCAGCGGCUUCUCCAGCCCCCACAGCGGCAGCACCAUCAGCAUCCCCUUCCCGAAUGUCCUUCCGGACUUCUCCAAGUCUUCCGAAGUGGCCUCAGCUUUGCCAGUAGAUAGUCCAAGUGAUAAGCUCGUGAUGGUGAAGUUUGUUCAAGACACAUCCAAGUUCUGGUACAAGGCAGAUAUUUCCAGGGAGCAAGCCAUCGCCAUGUUGAAAGACAAAGAGCCUGGCUCAUUCAUUGUGCGGGACAGCCACUCCUUCCGAGGGGCCUAUGGGCUGGCCAUGAAGGUGGCCACACCCCCUCCUUCCGUCCUGCAGCUCAACAAGAAAGCUGGAGAUUUGUCUAAUGAACUUGUCCGGCACUUCUUGAUCGAGUGUACCCCGAAAGGAGUGCGGUUGAAAGGCUGUUCCAACGAGCCUUAUUUUGGGAGCCUGACAGCCUUGGUGUGUCAGCACUCCAUCACGCCCUUGGCCUUGCCCUGCAAGCUGCUUAUUCCAGAGAGAGAUCCAAUGGAGGAGAUGGCGGAGAAUUCUCCCCAGACCGCAACCAACUCAGCAGCCGAGCUGUUGAAGCAGGGGGCAGCCUGCAAUGUAUGGUACUUGAACUCUGUGGAGAUGGAGUCCCUUACAGGCCACCAGGCCGUGCAGAAGGCCCUGAGCAUGACCUUGGAGCAAGAGCCGGCCCCAGUGUCCACGGUGGUGCACUUCAAGGUGUCUACCCAGGGCAUCACGCUGACGGACAAUCAGAGGAAGCUCUUCUUCCGGAGGCAUUACCCCGUGAGCAGCGUGAUUUUCUGUGCUUUGGACCCGCAAGACCGGAAGUGGAUCAAAGAUGGUCCUUCCUCCAAAGUCUUCGGAUUUGUGGCCCGGAAGCAGGGCAGUGCCACAGACAAUGUGUGCCACUUGUUUGCAGAACAUGACCCCGAGCAGCCAGCCAGCGCCAUCGUCAACUUUGUGUCAAAGGUCAUGAUCGGCUCCCCAAAGAAGAUCUGAGAGCCCCUCAUAGCCCAGCCCCCCACCAGGUGCCUCUCAAGAUAGAUGUUCAUGAUGGCAGUGGGGUGAGGCAAACUAAUAACUCUGACAUUCUACAAGAACAAGGACAAUGUCACGACAGCAAGGGUCAACCUUUUCCUGAACAAACUUCUUGUCUGCCACUUCUCCGUGAAGCACUUUGGAGUAGAAGGAGCUUGACCCAGGGGUUCCUGGCCAGGAAGCCAGGGGGAAAGGCUAUGUCAGGAGAGAGUGUGGCACACCAGGUACCCUGUGUUCCAGCACACCAGGAUCGGGGAGGGCGAAGAGUACCAAACCCACUCAGCGGGAGCCAUCGUGUACAUGGAGGCCCAAGGCUGGCAUCUCCCUCCCCGUGAUCUUCCCACCACUGAGAUGCGGAUGAAACUGAGAAAGGGACGCAUGUUGGAAGAAGGUUUGAGCAGGUCAGGUCCUUCCAGAAAUGGAGGGGCCAUGAAUGAGGGGAACAGCGAUGGGCUGUGAGGAUGGGGUUGGUGGACCUCUGGUGUGGAAGAGUGAGCCAUGCCAGAGACCCCAGUGCUGGUGGGGAAGACUGUCUCUGCGCACCAGUGGAGCGCUGGACCAGAGAGAGCCCGGAAGGACCCGGAGGAGAAGAAGGGAGAAGACGGAAGCAAAAAUACCAUUUCUAUAUAAUUUAUAUUUUACUUAUGCCAAAUUAUUUAUAUAGGCUGCCAUUGCUGGACUGUAGGACCAUGUUAUGCUGCAGUGGCCAAGCUGCAGUGUUCAGGAUGUUUGCCUCUUGGUGGGCCCCCCAACUCCUAUCCAGAAGAAAAGCAGUGGUUUAUAGGGUGACACCUUAACGUCCCCUACCUGCGGUACUCCCAACAGGUGGCUCUGCCCCGACAGCCCACCUGUGCUCCGGACAUGGACUUGCCUUUUCUGGGCUGCAGGCCUCCAUGGAGUCCUGGGAAUUCUGGGGUGAGCCUUGGCACCCCCAGUGGUCCCGGCUGGGGUCAUCUGCAGGCCUGAAUAACCUUUGUGAGGGGUCCCCUUGCUGCUCCGGCAGCACCUGCUGCUCCCUGAAUCACGUGACACCCAUGGGAGAGAACAGGAAUCCCAGCCUUAUAGGCCCUGCACGGUGACAUUUCUCUGUGUCAUCCACGAAAUUGGGUAUGACAGCGACAGUUCACACUCGGGCACAUUUCCCAAUAGCCAUCUUGCUCGCCUGCAGCUCUCUGAGGUGUGGGAGCUGCCGCUCAGCCGAACCUGGCAUUUUCCAGAGUUGGAAGAUGGAGCCGGGCCACGUGAAGACAAAGCUUCAGGCUCCUUCCCUGACAACCUGUUGUGGUUUGUGGGGGCUUCAGUUGUCCCCCCCAUCAUGACCCAUUCUGAAAUUCCUAUUCUUUCCAGCAUUGAGAAGGCCACUCCUGGCACACAGGUUACCAAGCUGGGCUUGGGCAGGGGCUCAGUAGUUUCUCUGUGCUGGCAGAGGAAGGUGCAACUUCAGGCAGAGUUGGAAGCAAUCGAAUCUUGAUGGAUGUGUGUGUGUGUGUGUGUGUGUGAGUGAGUGUGUGUGUGUGAGGAUGUUUGUGAACUGGAGGACCACUCCACUUUUUAGCUCCUAUUUGAUGCACCAUAUGCCAAGUGCCUCGUUUCUGUGCCAAAUGUUUGCCUUGGUCUUCACAGACCACCUUGUGGCUAUUAGAGAGAAUGUUCUGGCAUUCUCUGCAAGUCCCUGAUGUGUUCCCCUGAGGCUCCUAGCAUUUCAGUUUUUCCUCCACUGCAGGGGAAACAGUGCUGUGAUGGUUUCUAUCCAAAUUAGAUACGGGGCCCUGUCCCGUAUCCUUCUGAAUGGAUGAGGCCCGGUGACAGAUGAGAGCAGGCAGGGCGUUCACAGCUGUGUUCAGAUGCCAGGGCCUCUGGGAAGGCCUUUGUUGGGGGCAAUCAAGACGUACCCCUGCUGUGCCUUUCCAACUGACCACCCCCCCUGCAAGUUUGAUUCAAAGGUAAAAUGGUCCAAGCCAUCCAGGAUUUUGCUCCAAGCACACAGCUCCCUCUGAGGAGCCAAAGGAAGCUGCCUCGUCGGUGGUAUGGCAGGUUUUCCUGCUGUGUUAGACAAAUCUGUGUUGUUCAGACUCUACUUUAUGUGCUCAGGACCUUUUCCUGAGCAUUUUGCCUCUGGAGCUUCAAUCCUGAUCAAACACUGUCUUGGGAGUCAAUGCAGCGAGUUCAAAAUAACCAUGUCCAGCCAACUCUUGUACUAGCCAGGGACCUUAUUAACCUACUCAAGAAGUGCAUAUUCCUUCAGUGUUAAGCUAUAGCCAUGUUAAAUAAAUGUUCACUAUGGUUACCCUCAGUGUCAAAGACCCUGUACUGUGUCCUCGCCUGCCUUACUCGGUAGCAUCUAUUUUUACUCUUCUGAUAUUGUAAAGAAUAUAUAUCCAGUAUGUAAAUUACUGUUCUAUAAAUCCUUUGUAUAGUCAUUUUCUCUGUUCUUUAAAUAUCAUCUCUAUUCAGAGUAUAAUAAAAAAUUAUGACCUUG